AAUAGUUUUGGAAGACGAUUAAAUGAAUAAAUCCUUCAUCUUCCUUGUUUUUAACAGCUCAUCACACAUCGUGACAAUGGGAGUUCAAGGAUUAUGGGGUUACGCUGAUCAAAGGCCGGAAUUUUUCAGAGAUGUAAAGCUGACGAACACCAAGAUCAUCAUUGAUGGCAACAACUUUUUUACAUUUUACCACAACUCGAGUCUCGACGAGCGACAUGGAGGAGAUUACGACUUGUAUGCGGAGGCUUUAAAGAGGUUUUUCCAAACUCUAUCCGACUGCAACAUUCAACCGUAUGUUGUUCUGGAUGGCUGCUGCAACCACACUGACCAGAAAUUAGAAACGACUAAACUGCGGGCCGAAGGGCACAUCAAAAGUGCACGUGACCUCUCCAUGGGGCGUGAAGGUGAGCUACUGCCACUGCUGUCGAGGAAUGUCUUCAUUCAGGUCUUAUCGAAACUUGGGGUUCCGUUGGUCCAGUGCUUGUUGGAAGCGGACAAGGAGAUCGCUGCCUUGGCCAAUCAAUGGAGUUGUCCGGUCUUGUCAACAGACACGGAUUUUUUCAUCUUUGACCUCAAGGGAGGAUUUUGUCCCCUGACCCAGUUUAAGUGGGAGAACGCCUCACAGGGGCGCAUCCCGGCUAAGUGUUAUUUCAUCAAAAAAUUUUGCGCUAAUUUCAAGGGAAUGAAUAAGGAUCUCCUUCCUCUGUUUGCUGUGAUCAGUGGCAACGAUUAUUCCGAUAUGAAAGUGAUGUAUCGCUUUGUCUGUCACGUGGUUUCCAGUAGCCACACGUCAGCAUAUAGAAUGGAGAAACAGGCCACUGUCCAUAGCCUACUGAAAUGGCUGUCACGGUUCCAAGACCUAAAAGUCGCCAUGGAGAACGUGCUGAAUGUUCUGCCCGUCUCUGACAGAGAAGAGGUGCGAGAAUAUCUCUCCUCCCAAAUGCAGGUGUAUAAAAUACCAGAAAGAAAUCUGUCAGGUUUUUUCACAAGCGGGGCGUCUACAACCGAUGACAUCCAGCUGAGAUCACUGCUGCCACGCUGGACUCUCGCCGCAUUAGAGAAAGCACAGCUGCCUAAAACGGUCGUCGAUCUUUUGGUUCUGCGACGGGUUUUCCUGAUUCCUCAAGUCGAGAACUCCGAGCGGCCGAACGCCCACAUGUGCGCCCUGCCUAUCAGGAAGGCAUUUUAUGGGAUGAUUUUAAAUGGACAACAACACUCGUCGGUGAGCAGCCCCGGUGGUGAUGGAGUGGAGGCUGAACCGUGUGUCGUGGAAGAAUACGGCAGAGAGAAAGCAAACCUCACGAUGAGCCGCGUGGAAGCAGCGCCGCCACAUUCAGCGACAUGCAUUUCACUGGAGGAAAUCGAGAAGACACAUGGAGGCUGUGUUUGCACAAUUGGCUGUGAGGAGCCUCGCUGGAUACUGGAGGCGCUCGCUCGUCUUGUCGUAUCCAUUGGGCGCAGACUCUUGACUAGUGGGACAGCAUUUCUGGGAGUAACAGGUUUUUUUUUUUUUUUUUUUGUCGCUCAUCUCCAGCUUCCAUUGGCUAGGCGCCUGCAGAUGUUCUUGGAGAUUCUGGGGGUCAGCUCUUCAUCUGUGGAGGAAGUUCCUCGGCCCCUGGUUUUACCCGUGUACGUCACCCACUUCUGGUUGAUUCACUCAGAUCCUCGUCCAAGCCUUCAGCAUCUGCAAGCAAUUCUGGUGGGAAUCGCAAAAGGCUCAGCGGCUUCUUCAGGGGAUGUGCCUCAGGAACGUCGGACGAGGCCCCAGCAGCUCCUCGACCGGGAUGCUGCCCACAUCUUCAGCCAGUGGCAAGCGACUUUACAAAUAAGCCUGCAUCUCAAUCAGCUCCUGUGCCGUCCAUUGGAAGAGCCCGAAGUGUCCGGGCUCUACAGCGGUACCUUCAUGCAUCAAGUGCUCCAGCAGCUCGAUUCUAAAGCCACUCCAGAGUCCCUGCUAUCUGGGUCUGCGUUGGUCUCCGGACUCUACGAGAAUCUUCUGACGGCCGUCACUUCAGAGUUACCUUUGCAUUUUUUCCACCCAAAGAAAACGGACAAAAAAUCUGUGGCUCAAAAGAAAGACAGCAAAUCAAAAAUGAGCAAGAAUGAGAGCAAGAAAUCUCUUCAACACACAGGUAAUCAAUUUGCAGUUUUGUCACCUGAUGAAGAUUAAAUGUCACCCAGAAUCCUCCGCUCACUUGUUUUUAACGUUUGUGUGACAUCUGAAGCAUACAAAUCUGAUGGAUCACAGCUUUACUCAACGUGCACGACGCCGUUUUCUGUAUUAUAAAUUUACAAGAAUGAUAUGGCCUUUUGUUGGGAAUACAUUUAUAUCUUUUUAAAAAUGAAUGAUAAUAUGAAUUGCAUCAGUUCUGUAUUUUUAAUAUUAUGGACAGUCAUCAAUUUCUUUUUUUAUAACAUUAGAAAAACGUUUGAGGGGAACAGGCCAUUCAGCCCAACAAAGCUCGUCAGUCCUAACCACUGUGCUAGAAACACAGACCAGACAUCGUGAGAAGGUUUGGGGCAGCCACCCGUAGAAUAUCCCUGGCUGCAAAAGGCUUUUGAAUAUAACAGAGUUGUUCACAAGACUGACUCCAAAGUAGAACUGAUUCAUUGGUGGUAAGAUGGCGGCUUUAAAGGCCCGUAUAGGAAGUGACAUCAUCUAAGAGGCCGGAACUAGAAGUGACGUCGUCUGGGCCAGAAGUGAUAUCAUUGAAGGGCCCGGGACCAGAAGUGAGGUCUUCGGAGGCACCGGAACCUGGCAGGAUUUAUCGGGGAAUGUCUUCAGGGAACUGAGAAAGACAGUCAGUGCACCCCGCCGCCCCCUCGUCAAAUGUGGUAUUACCGUCACUUAAUCCCUUUAGCUGCCUCCUACUCUCACGUGUGUGACACCACUUAAUUCCUCCAAAGCAUCAAGUUGAGUUUAAAUGUCCCCGGAGUUCUCCUGUCUACCACGCUUAUUGGUCACUUAUUCCGGAUAUCUGUGGUUCUCCAUGUGAAGAAAAACUUCCUAAUGCUUGUGUGAAAUUUACCCAAAAUAAGUUUCCAACUGUGUACCCAUGUUCUUGUUGAACUCAUUUUAAAGUCACUGUCUCGAUCCACUGGACUAAUUCCUUUCAUAAUCAUGUCACCCUUUAAUUACAAACUCUCUCUUUGUGGGGACUUGUUUUGAGGUGGCCCGUUGGAGCUCCUCAUGCCUGCUUACCACCUCAGAGUUCACAGAGUCACCAAUCAGCUCCACAGGGUCCUGAAAAUGGCUUGACACGUCUAACUCUGGGGUUGAUGCCCCCAGGCAGUGUGUGCCCUUGGCCUACAUCCAAAUGUGACCCACCUCUCUAUCUCUGUCUGUCUGUCUGUCUAGUUUGGAGUCUUCGGAUGCAUCACUUCAGGUGUGCACACCAUCUCCACCAAGGACACCUGGCACAGGUCUGCCAGCUUUCUACUACAAUGCCUGCUAGUCACCUCCUCCUCCAGUUCAGCGACUCUCGGUUUGAGUUGCUGGAUCAUCUGUGCAUCUCCUGUGGACACGGCCUUCAAGGAGGACUGACUCGUCCGGACAAACCUCCAAAAACUCUCAGCAUCAAUGAGGCCUUACAUGGUACUGGCCUCCUGUUUAAAAUUUGAAUUUGGAUUACUAAACUGCUUAACCCUUUUUAAUAAAUUUAAAGUAUUUAAGUUAAAUUAUUAAAAUUAAGUUCAUAUCAAAUUAAGGAUCUAUUUAACACCCUAAGCUCCUGUAGUGCUCUUUCCCCUCGACUGCCGGCUGUGCGUUUGAACCUUUUCAGAAUGACUCAGACUUGCAUCUGGGGAUCUAAAGGCAGGGGGUGCAAACAGUGGGGAUGCAGAGGGGGCACUGGAGGGGGACCCAUCAAUAGCCAAUGACCUGUCUUCAAAGCAACACCACUGCCCCCAACAUCCCCACUCCUCCGAAACCGUGAGGUUCUUUAGGGUGGGACCCUCUGCAAAUCACUCUCUGCUUCAAGGGGUAAAUGUUGAUACCCCACUCCUCAAUUGAAUGGAUUUUUAAGAACAGACCCCCAAAUUCCCUGAUUCAACUGCUCAAACUGCGAAAGCUAAAAGCACCACGCUCUGUCCUCCAGAGGGACCCUCUUCUCCUUGAUUGCGAUAGACCAACAUGUAUCACUCUUAUUUUGAAGGGGAUGGCUGUAAGUUCCCUGCUUACUGAGGUUCAUCACUAUGGGGCCAUAAUAAGAUUCUUGCAUACCCACUUCAGGCGCAUAAUUAUAAGCAAAAUGUCAGAAUUUACAAGUCCAGAGUGAAGAAGGAUUUGAACAAGAAUGGCUUUAGUGGAAGAGUCCGCUGCAGCAUAGCAAGAAAAUUCUGGAAUAAAGUGCUUUGGGGGUGACCAGGUGACACACGUGGUGUUUGGAAAGGCCAACCACUGAGAGGCUGUGGCAUUUAAUAAAAACGAUAAAGGUGCUUCACCUAAAGAACUUCAUUUCCAAGCAUUGAAUGUCGGGGUGGUGCUUUGGACCUCAACAUGCGACACACUGCACAAGAUGACCGCUAAAGACGUGGAAAAAUGCAGGAAUGGGGAAUGGCCACCCCAGAGACCCGUAGGACCUGAAGAGGGCCAGGGGGUCAAGAAAGCUGUGAAACAUCAAAGGGCAGUAGAGUAGGACAGACGAUGAGAGGAACUGGUCAAGCUAGCACUGCUGAAGGGGGCACCAUGGGGUGAGGUGGCAGACGCAUUGUAAUGCAAUACUAUUAUUUGUUAUCUGAAUUCCUGUUUUUA